AUGGAGCCCCAAGUGACUUCGAACGCCAAAGCCAUUUCUGGUCAAACAUUUGACUACAUCGUGUGUGGCGGAGGAACAUCAGGCUGUGUAAUUGCAGCAGAACUUGCCUCAAUCCCAAAUGUCUCUGUGCUUCUUGUAGAAGCCGGAAGAGAUUCAGGCCUUGCGCCGGACGUUCUAGUUCCGGGUAAAUAUGUCAAGCAACUACAGGAAGAUAAAGAGGGGUUGUGGGAACUGGAAACAAUACCGCAGGCACAGUUGAAUGCUAGAAAAUUGGUAUUCGUAAGAGGCAAACAGCUUGGAGGCAGCUCGGCGGUCAACUACAUGGCGCUUGCUCGAGGCCCGGCGGCUGACUAUGAUGAGUGGGCUAAGAUUGUCGGCGAGGAUGGAUGGAAGUGGAAGAAUAUUCUGCCACUGAUGAGAGAGGUCGGUAUUCUUAAGAGGCCUGUCGUGAAACGAGUUAACAGAUUGGGACAGCUUGAGGACUUCGACCCGAAGUUACCUGCGGAUCUGAAACAGUUUGCUGCUCCACAAAGUGCAGACCAUGGCGCUUCUGGGCCUCUGAAGAUUGGUUUCGGCGGCGAAAUGGUUUCUGGAAUCGAGACAUUUGUGAAAGCAUGCUUCGAGAACGGGAUACCCUUGUGUCCAGAUAUAAACUCAGGAGACCCAGUGGGAGUUGGGUUAGCCCAAUUCAACGUGAAAGAUGGAGAGAGAUGUUAUGCAGCAAAUGCUUUCCUGGGCGAGUCCGCUCGGGCAUCGCUAAAGAAUUUGACCAUAGUGACAGAAACGGAGUGCGAUCAACUUCACUCCAGAGACGGUGUCGUUACUGGAGUGGACCUGUAUCACAGACCAACCGGAGCGCAGUUCCAUGUGUACUGCCGCGAGGAGACUGUUCUCUGCGCUGGUACGUUUGGAUCUCCUAGAAUUCUCAUGCUGUCAGGUCUCGGGCCCAAAGAUACCUUGGAGCGGCUCGACAUUCCAGUACAAGUUGACUUGCCAGGAUGUGGCCAACACAUGCUUGACCAUUCAAUCAUCACCUGCGAAUACAAAGUGAAGAAUUCUAUCCCGGCACAUAAUCAGUUGUUUCUAAACCCUGGCCUUCUUGCAGAAGCAGAGGCCCGAAUCCAACGGCUAUUUGACUCGAAGGAAUUUUCCAACCUCAGCACCAAAGAGCAAGAGUUUUUGAUGGAGCCCACGAGGCCUUCGGCUGAAAUCUGGCUCGGCUCAGGACCUUCCGUAUACCGGGACAAUCGACCAGAAGAGAGCUAUAUGACGCACGAGCUUCUGCUGCAGAAUAAUCUCUCGCAAGGAACAGUCAUGGUUCGCUCCAAAAAUCCACGAGACAAUCUGAUUGUACACCCGAACUUCAUGGCUCAUCCGUUCGACCGGCGAACCGCUAUUGAAACUGUUCGCAUGGCCUUGAAAAUUGCGAGCACCGAGGCCUAUCAGGAUACCAUUGAGCGAAUGGUCCAUGGUCCGGACAUUGAAUUUGCAACGGCAGAUCUUGAUACGAUUAGUGAUGAGGUGAUGCUGGAUUUCAUUCGCAAGAAUUUGGAUCAAGGUUACCACAGCGUGUCUACUUGCCGCAUGGGUAAGAUCAGUGAUCCCGAGGCUGUGGUUGACUUCCGGUUCCAAGUCAAGGGGAUGGAGAACCUGCGCGUGGCGGACCUGAGCGUGUGUCCUAUUUUAACUUGCAACCACACCCAGAUCAAUGCUUACCUGAUUGGCCUUCGAGGUGCAAGGGAGAUGGUUGAGAAUCACAAGGCACGUACACAGCUUGCGAAGCUGUAG